CGAGUCGUCCAGCUAAGACGCUGCUUUCGUGGACUUGCACGACGCUGGGAGCAGUCUCGAGCGUGCCACUGCGAACGGGGGUCGUGGGUCUUGGAAGUGGCGGUUGUAGAGUGUUGUCGUGGUUGCCGGUGAAGCAAGAAGUGCUGCCAACGAACUUCUCAGGUGUUUGCGAGCGAGUGGUCGUGGUGGGGUUUACCUGCUGCAAAUUUUCGGCAAUCUCGCGGUUUUCUGAUUAUUAGCGCGGCUCAGUGCGGAAUUGCAGUGAUUUGUGGUCGGACGUUGCACGGUGCAAGGUCCUCCAGGUGCAUUUUGUGUUCUUAGUUUUCGGUGUGCGGAGUCCAUUCGCGUCUUGAGUGAGAGUUGGAUAAGAAGUUCGGUAAUUUUGAGCCUGGACAGGAGUCGGUAGACUUUCACGUGGACCUAGUGCGUGGACAAGCGAACGUCUCGAAUUUUAGGACGACCUACCUUCGGGGGUUUCGCCCAAGUGCCCGUGGGACACACAAAUAAGGCUGCGGAGUGCUGGAAGCAGUGGAUUGUUUAGUAUCUUGUCCGCAGGCGACCGGUGUUUAGCUUUGGGAGACCAACCGAACCAGUAGUUCUAGAAAGGCAAAAGUGAAGGAGUUGCCUUCGGCGUCACACGCGCGAGUUCAGGUGCAGGCGAGACCAAAUCCAGCCGGGGAUAAGCAAGCCCGAUCCAGUGUGUUCCGUUCCAUUUCUUGUUUCUCCAAGAUGUGUCGGUUACUUUCUUGACGCGCGGCUAUAAAAUUUGAAAUAUGUGCAAAGUUACUACAUAUAAAAGCGGAAUUGAAAUAGAAUCGAACACGGAAAAAUGAUUAUCCGGAGCUGUGGACUGAUAUUUAUAUUCCUGAUUUAUGGAGUUAUGCCCAUACUGUCCAGAGAGAGAACUGAGCCGACGAUAUCAGAAUGUGCAGCGAAAGGCGGUGAAUGUGACUGAGACCAAAGGGCGACCUGUGUGCGGUACUGAUAAGCAAACCUAUCCGACGCGAUGUCACUUAAUUCGGGCACAAUGCAGCGGCCAUCAGGUGAGCCUCAAGCACCGGGGGUCAUGCCGAGAUCCAUCAUUUUCAGAAUGUGCUGAGUCACGAAGCUACGCCCUAUCACAUCGAAAUUCCUCUCCAUCAAAAUUUGUUCCACGGUGUCGAGCGGAUGGCUCAUUUGCACCUGUUCAAUGUAUGGAAGGAUCAGGGUGUUGGUGCUCCGACAGCAACGGCAUACCCAUUCCAGGUACUGCUACAAGAAAUGGAAAGCCAAAUUGUCGUCGGUACGGUAAAUCGAAUAUCCGUCGGGCCACAAAUAUCAGCAGUCGAAACAAGCGAGGUUGCACACAACACGACCAAGCAGCCUUCAAUACCAAUUUGAUUGAAGUAUUCCAGAGGGAAUAUGCGCGGUAUCAAGGUCAACAGGUAGUGGGUGAUGGAGGUUCUAUUCGUGAAGAGAGUGUGGUGGAUUGGAAGUUCAAAGCGUUGGACACAAACAACAACAACAUGCUAGAUAAAACGGAGUAUCGCGAGUUUAAGAGACUCGUUAAGAAGGUCAUCAAACCUAAAAGAUGUGCACGAUCAUUUGGAAAAUUUUGUGACAAAGACCAAGAUGAGCGGUUGUCCAAAUCCGAAUGGGUGCGGUGUUUGUCAAAGGAUGGUGUCAGUCGUGCUCCUCCUAGCUUUGCUGGUGCUAAUAAAGGUGACGGACACAAAAAUGGUGUUUCUUCGCCACAUAAUAAUUGGCUAAGUAUGAAUCACGGACUUGUCGCCGAAGAUUUCGACGGCGAGGAAGAUGAUGGCAGUGAUCAGCAUUCAGAUGAUUACGAGGAUGAAUACGACGAAGACCUUCCGGAUGAAGGUUCUCGAAUCGGAAUAUUAGGGUCUGGACGCCACUCGAAUCAGCCAGUCACACAAUACCCACCGCAUUUAUUGCGAACAAAUGUUACCUCGGAUCCGAAUCAAAUGCAAUCGAAAAGCGAAAGUGAAUCUGACUGCUUGGCUGACCGCGCGACAGCUUUGGACGAACAACAACAUGGAGCAACAGCUCUUUAUGUCCCAGAGUGUACAGCGGAUGGUCGUUACCAGAGAAUCCAAUGCUAUAAAUCAACCGGAUAUUGUUGGUGCGUAAAUGAAGAUACCGGUCAAAAUAUCCCUGGAACAUCGGUAAAGGAUAAACAACCUCAGUGUGAUUCUAUUUCGAGGCCUAUGAAAGGAUGUCCGGAACCGAAGAAAACUGAGUUCCUAAAAGACCUUAAAAUUUUCCUUAAGGAAAAAGUAGCUUUUACCACCGUCAAUACAACGAAAUUCAGUUCUGAAGAUGAAAAAAUUGCAACGCUCAGUUUUGUUCUGCUGGAUAAGAACAAAAACAAGUUUUGGGAAAGAAAAGAAUGGAAAACUUUCAGAGAAUUGGUGACAGCAUCAAAGUCACUCAAAAAAUGUGGAAAAAAGAUGCCUCGAUACUGUGAUGUGAACGGAGACAAAAGGAUAACCCUUUCUGAGUGGUUAAAUUGCCUACAAGCUGUUCCUAGGGUCAGGACCCCUGAAGUAGCCAAACCUGCUAUAGAUACAGAAGAAGCAGUUCAUGGCUAA